AUGCCGGAAACCAGCGAAAAUGCAGAAAAGCUAAAAGCGUUAUCCACCCGAAAGUCCAGACUUCGUUCUUCACUGACUAGAAGUAUGUCAUACAUAAGUGAAAAGCUGGCGACGGCAGAUUUUAACGAAGUUAAAGUGAAAUUGACAAUGGUCGAAGAUAUAUAUAAAAAUUAUCUUGCUUUACUUGACGAAUUUGACAACUUCGAAGUUCCGGAUCUGGACCCUUUCAUAGAAAAAUUCGAAGAUGACUACAUCGCCAUUAAAGGUAAAUUAGAAAACAGUAUCGAAAAAUUCUCUAAUAGCAGUGCAGUUCCAGGUUUUAAAAGACAGUGUACAACUGAAUCUGGUGGUAGCGGUAGUUGUUGUUCUUCUUCAAAAGCUACGAUUAAGUUACCAAAGUUGGAGUUGAAGAAAUAUGGUGGUAAUCUACUUGAAUUCGAAUCGUUUUGGUCUUCGUUCAACUCAGCUGUACAUAAUACUGAUUUAGAAGCAACUGAUAAAUUUACGUACUUGAGAAAUAACCUGGUAGGCGAAGCUGAAUUAUUGUUGAAAGGUAUGGGUACCACUGCUGCAAACUAUCUGAUCGCAUACGAAAUGGUAAAAAAGAAGUUUGGUAAUAAAAAGAAAUUAAUUGAUUUAUUAUAUGAUAAUUUAACGAAAAUUCCAAAAAGUAACAAAUGGACUAAAAAUUUGCGAAAUACUUACGAUAAUAUUGAAUCGAAUUUACAUGCUUUAGAAGGUGUAGGUGAAAAUAUUCAAAACAACACCAUACUGUAUUCGAUGAUUAUGAAGAAGUUUCCGUUUGAUAUAAUUAUGAAAGCCGAUUUGGAUGUUGCAAGUAACGAUUUAUCCGAAUUGAGGCAGAAAGUUGGCGAAUUGAUAUGGAAACAAGAGCAGUAUUGUGGUACUAAUUGGAGUGAGUCAUCCGAUAAUAAUUCUAAUAAAAAAGAUUUUUUCAAAGGUACUACAGAGAGCUUGAUAACUGGUGAUAGAAAACCAAGUAAAAAAUGUAUCUAUUGCGGUGAAACGUCACAUUAUUCCGAUGAAUGCAGCAAAAUAACGACAUUGGAAGACAGAAGAAAGAAAUUAAAUGGUCGUUGCAUCAUUUGUUUGAAUCCUGGUCAUCUCGCUAAAGACUGUACAGUAAACAAACCAUGUGUACAUUGUAAAAAACGUCGUAGUCAUCAUCGUAGUUUAUGUAUUAAAUUAUUUUCGAAAGAAGUUAGUAAUCCUGAACCAACUGAAUCUUUACUAAUGAAAGAUCAAGAAGGUAACCUGUUAGCAGCCACAAUCAACGUUGGUAAUGAAAGUCGUGUUCAGAAAGUUACCUCAAUUUUGGAUAGCGGUUCAAGAAGAUCGUACAUUACUACAAGGUUGGCCGAUAAAUUAAAAUUGAAGCCUCUUCAUUAUGAAACGAUUAGAAUUUCUACGAUUUGUUCCGAAGCUCCUAGAGAAAUUUCAACCAAGGUCGUUAGUUUAGAUAUUUUUACAAAUGAUGGUGAAAAAAUAAAAAUCACUGCAAAUACGAUACCUAAAAUUAUUAAUCGAAUAAAUCACCACGAUAUUAAGUUAGAUUCCAGAUUCGAGAAAUUCAAGCUCGCUGAAGUUGAUAAAAAUCUUGUACCUGAACUCCUGAUUGGAAAUGACUACAUGUUCGAUUUUAUGGUCAUGGAAAAAGUAAUUAUUGAUGAUUCAACUUCGUUAAUCAAUUCGAAAUUCGGAUGGCUUGUUGUUGGUCGAAUCGAUAAAAGCCACGAAACUCCAGUUUUCUUCUCCGAGAUUGAAAUGGUAGAAAACCUAUGGAAAUUAGAUGCGAUUGGGAUAGAUGAUUCAACCUCAGUGGAGGAUAUCGGCGAUGAACUUGCGGUAAAAAGUUUUUAUGAUAAUAUAGAAUUGAUAGAUAAUCGUUAUGAAGUAGCUUGGCCCUGGAAAGAGUACCCUCCUGAUUUAAAAUCGAACAAAGGGCUCGCCUACGGUCGUUUGAAAUCUCAGAUGAGAAAAUUCGAAAAGAACAAAGAAUUAUUCGACGAAUAUGACAAAGUGAUCAAAUACCAAGAGUCUCAAGGUAUUAUCGAACGAGUCGACGAAUCUAUCAACGAUAAAGAAGAUUUAGUUCAUUAUCUUCCGCAUCACGAAGUUCUGACACCAGGUAAAAGUACCAGUUUACGAGUUGUUUAUGAUGGUUCUGCAAAAUCUCGAAAAAACGAUAAAAGCUUAAACGAUUGUAUUUUUCGUGGUCGUGUUCUUUUGGAAACGUUAUGCGGUUUGAUUUUGCGCUUAAUGUUGAGAUGUUUUGUAUUAACUUCUGAUAUUGAAAAAGCAUUUUUGCAAAUCGGUUUGAAAUUACGUGAUCGCGAUUUCGUUAGAUUUAUUUGGAUAAAAGAUUUUAAAAAACCGCUGACCUUCGAUAAUUUGAUUAUAUUUCGAUUUACUAAAAUUCCGUUCGGUGUUAUCGCUAGUCCGUUUUUGUUAACUUUAACAAUAAUUUUUCAUUUAAAUCAAUAUGAUUCGAAGUUCGUUCCGCUAUUACUAAGAAGUUUUUAUGUGGAUAAUCUUAUCUUGAGUGUCGAUUCGGUAGAUGAAGCUAUUGAUCUUUAUAAUUUUUCAAAAUCUUGUUUUAAUGAUGCUUCGAUGAAUUUACGUAAUUGGGUUACGAAUUGUAAUGAACUUAAAAAUGUUUUAAAACCGGAAGAUCGUUUAGAUGUAUCUGAAAUUAGUAUUUUAGGGUUAAAAUGGAAUGUUAAAAAUGAUACUUUCGUGAUUAAUCAUAAACUCGCUAAUUCGGCUAUUAUUAUUACAAAACGUGAAGUUGUAAAAAAGGUAUCCUCGAUUUUUGAUCCAUUAGGUUUUUUGUGUCCUGUUGUUUUACCAGCUAAAUUAUUUAUUCGAUAUUUAUGGGGCAAAAACUUAGAUUGGGAUGAUGUUUUAGAUGAGAAAGAUCAAAAGUCGUGGAAAGAAUUAUUAAAUAACUUGAAUUGUAUUUCGAAUGUAGAAAUAGAUCGGUACAUAUUUCGUGGCGGUAAUGCUUGUAAUGAUUUUGAUUUACAUUGUUUUGUUGACGCGUCUCAAAAAGCUUAUGCUGCAACCGUUUACGUUAAGAAAAAUAAUUUAACUCGUCUCGUUUUUGCUAAAUCUCGUCUUGCUCCUCGCAAUAAUUUAACUAUUCCGAAGUUAGAAUUGUUAGCUUUAUAUAUCGGUAGUCAAAUCGUGAAUUUCGUUAAGAAUGAAUUUUCUGAUGUUAAUAUCAAAAAUAUUUAUGUAUGGUCUGAUUCCAAAUGUGUAUUAUCAUGGUUAUGUUCGAAAAAAGUUUUGCCCAAAUUUGUAGAAAGAAUUGUGAAGAAAAUUGAUAAAUCGUUCAAUUAUCGCUACGUUCCAUCUGCUGAAAAUCCUGCUGAUAUAGCCAGUCGCGGUGCAGAAGUGCAAGAUUUGAAUUCGUUCUGGUGGGAAGGCCCCACAUGGUUGAAAGAGAUGGAAGUCGCUUGGCCAAAGGCAAUGAAUUUACAAUUUGAAUCCGAACCUGAACCUGAACCUGAACCAGAACCAGUACUUAUCUCGAAUAAUACAGCUGUAAUUCAGCCUCCGUUUAAAAUCGAUUGUACUCAAUUUAAAACCCUCAACUAUCUACUUGAUGCAACGUUAAGCUAUAUGAAAAAUGUCGAUUCGAGUAAUAUUGUUCAGAAAACCGAAGAAGCUUUCAACCAGUGGAUUAUAUAUAUCCAAAACAAAAAUUAUCCUGAUAUUUCGCAACCUAAUGCGCUUGGUUUAAAGCGUGAUUCUCAAAAUAUUAUACGUUGUCAUGGGCGCUUAGUUGAAUCAUGUCUCGACGAUAAUGCGAAGUUUCCAAUACUUCUACCUGAGAAAGAAUUCUUCACUCGUUUAUUAAUUGAAAAAAUUCAUAUCGAUAACUAUCAUGUCGGCGUUUCCCAUACUCUCUCUGAAUUGAGAAAAAAUUUCUGGAUUCCAAAAGGCAGAUCGACGGUGUACUACGUUCUAAAAAAAUGUGCUAACUGCAAAUACUAUGAUGGUGGUCCAUAUAAAUAUCCUGCAAUUCCUCCGUUACCUGAAUUCCGUGUAAAUCAAAGCAGUCCGUUUUCCUGUUGUGGUAUCGACACAUUUGGUCCUUUAUACGUCAGUGAUAACUCAGUCCAGAAAAAAGUAUUUGUUAGUAUUUUCGUUUGUAUGAUUACACGUGCGAUUCACUUAGAACUUUUAGAGAAUAUGACCACUCAAGAAUUCCUACUCGCUUUUCGUAAUUUUAUAGCAUUACGCACAAUUCCAAAAUUUGUAAUAAGUGACAACGCGCCGCAAUUUAAAAUAACUAAAUCGGUUUUUGAAAAUCUUUGGAAACAAAUAAUUUCUGAUAAUGAUGUAAUAGAUUUUUGUAAAAAUAAUUCGAUAGAAUGGAAACUGUUACCUGAAUAUGCCCCGUGGCAUGGCGGUUUUUACGAAAGGUUAAUCGGUAUAGUGAAAAUGUCGCUAAAGAAAACAAUUUUUAAUUGUAUAAUAACAGAAAAUCAAUUAAGAACCGUGUUGUACGAAGUAACUUCUGUAAUUAAUUCGCGUCCUAUCGUUUAUGUCGGUGAAAAUGAUAGUAAUGUAUUAACACCUAAUGAUUUGAUGAAUAGCAAAUUCGAUUUUAUUCCGGAUAUCGAUAAUGUUAAAAAUAUUAAACGCGAUGUAAUCGUAAAUUUAUGGAAAAGAUCUAACAAUAUUAUUAAUCAAUUUUGGAACGUUUGGAAAUUCCAAUAUUUAACUAGUCUUCGCGAACGUAAUAUUAGUAUAAAACAAAAGAAAAAUGUAGUAGAUUUAGUUCCUAAAGUAGGAGAUAUCGUAUUAAUCGAAGGUGAUAAAAAAUUUUGUCCUAGAGGAGAGUGGAAAGUUGGUAAAGUAAUUAAUGUUAAUGUUAGCUCAGACAGUAAUGUUAGAUCAGCAAUCGUUGAAACUAAAAAUUCUAAACUUACCCGUCCCAUUAACAAAUUGUAUCCCUUGGAAACAUCGUAAUUUUUCUCGUUUAUACUUAUUAUUUUAAAUUUAAAAAUUCGUUUUUUUUUUUUUUUUUUUUUUUUUCGUCGGGAGUGUCGCGGAUUCGCGGUUAUUAAUUAUAUUUGGCUAUGUUUUUGUUAUAUUUAAAGUUCGCGAUCUCGAUAAUAUUCGGCUGCUAGGUUUGUUAUCUUGAAGAUUCAAAAGUUUUUGUUAUUGUUUUUAUUCGAAAAUAAAUAGAGUAUGAAAAAGGUUCGUUUUGAAGCGAUUAAAUCAAUCGCCCUUAUUGUUGAAUUUCCUUUUUCGUUACCCCCCCCCCUUACGGGUGUAAUAAUCUUGUAAUUAUAAACACCCCAAAACAAAAAAAAACAAAAAAAAAAAUUUUCUUUUAAAAAUCGAGGUCAAAUUCUUUUAAAAAUCGAAGUCAAAAAUUCUUCAAAUAGCUCCCAUGCGAUUGAAGAUCAGCAAAAAGUGAUAAUCGCCUUUUUUGUUGGAAAUUAAAUGUCUUGUAAGAUGGUGGUAUCAUUUUUUCAAUUAUUUACCAUGUCAAUUUAUCUGAGGUUGUGAUAGAGAUUAAGAGGAAAUAUUACUAUUUCAUCAUACUGCGAAAGAAAUCAUCAGCAGAUAUUUGAAAAUUGAUAGAAAAAUUAUUUGAUCGUGAAACUGAUUUCGAUAGGGGCAAUAGGUACUUAUAGUAGUCAGGUCAUGCGGAAUUGAUUUAAUUUUAAUACUGCGGGUGUACGAGUAUGUUCGAUUUGUUUUUGCGAUACGUUUCCUGGUUCAAUGUUGUUGAAAAUGAAUACUAAGAAGCAAUCAUCUUUUGCAAUUGCUGUGACUGGUAUCCUUUUCUUACAAUAUGUUGGCUCAACUUUGGCAAAUUCACACACACCACCUCAAAACAACAAUAACCCAACACCGUCCAAUAAUAAGGUAACACGUCCUUUGCCAGGUCCGGAUCUUGAGUGGAAAAUUAUCCGCAAUCAGUCGUGUUUGUACAUUGAUAAAACAAAAUACCUAUGGAAGCUGGUUGUAAAUCAAACAGCAAGAAGGAGACUAAUAACGCGGUCUAGACGUUUCGGGAAAUCAUUGUUUCUGCAGAUGAUGGAGCAAUUUUUCAGAGGGAGAAGUGAGUUAUUCGAGGGAUUAUUUAUUGGAAAAUGGGGAAACAGGAACACAUUCAUACCAUUACCCAAACCUGAUGAUGGAGGUGACUGGAUAGAAUACCCAGUUAUUAAAUUGAAUUUCAAACUUAUGGAAAAAUUCACGACUAUUUACGAAUUUAAGUCAGAGUAUUAUAAAAUCUUAACAAAGAUUGCUAAUUCAUACAAGAUUGAGGAUUUUGAAUCCGGUUAUGGUAGCACUAGAUUACUUAUCUCAGCCUUGUAUUGCAAAUUCAACAGCAUACCUGUAAUUGUUCUCGUGGACGAGUACGAUUAUCCAUACGAAUACGCAAUUUCAAAAAAUAACAUAGAUUUGGCAAAAGAGAUAAGAGAGUUCUUGGAUGACAUAUUUGGCAUUAUAAAAAAUGAAGUUGACGAGGUCGCAUUUUUGUUCAUUACAGGCGUAUCUAAAUUAACCUUGACAGUUCUUCAAAGCGGUGCCAAUAAUAUUGUGGAUGAAACUUACAAUCCGGAAUUUGCUGAAGCCUUUGGUUUUACAGAAGAGGAAAUAACAGAGCACAUGCGAGACCACAUAGAAGAGUUUGCAAAGAGCGAGUCAGUACCUUUCAAAGAUAUCAUGGAUAAAAUGAGAAACUGGUAUGACGGUUAUCAGUUCGACCCAAAUAAUCGCUCUGAGCGGGUAUUUAACCCAGUAUCAACCAUCUCCAGCAUAAGAAAUAAACAAUUUGGAUGCUACUGGAUUCAAACAGGUUCGAUGGAUCCCAUUCCCGAAAUGUUUUACAAACAACAUAUAUCAUUAGACGAUUUAAUAAAAGGAACACCAGUUUCUAAAAGUACUAUCACCACGUCUGUGAUUGAAAGUGAACAGACAGAAUUAAUAGACUGGAUGUUCUUAAACGGGUAUUACACAAUGAAUGGUCAGAAAUCCAAUGAUCUUAUUUUAAGAAUACCAAAUUUCGAAAUUGAAACAGCCAUUAAUAAAUCAAUAUUGUCCUAUGAUCCUUUGGCACAGCAACGAUACCAGAACUUCCGUAAAACCGAGCUGCGUGCACUUCGCUAUCACCUUGACUAUGAACGAGUUGGAGCAGCUAUGUCCGUUUUGGGAAAAAUUGGAUUCCCUGCAUUCGAGCAUCCUCUAAAACAAGACAUUAAGUCACACGAGGUCACCAGGAGGUUGACCAUGCUGUUUGAAUUGGCGGGCAUAGACCACGAAUGUGGAGUGAUAUUUAAGAAAAGCACUGGAGGAAGAAAUGAUGGUGGAGAUAUUGAUAUGUGGACUGAAAACCUGCUUACCAAUUACGCCAUUGAAAUAAGAACCACAACUGGAUCAGAUGGUGACUCCGUAGCUGCGAAGGGUAUGGAACAGUUAUUAACAUACAUCCGAUAUUACCGAGAGUCUAUGAUGAACAAGAUAGGUAACCCAAAAAGAAUUUUUUUUUUGUCUAUAGCUUUCGAACUUCCUAAAAAACAAGGGUAUGCCGACUUGACGGAUUGGAUUUUUUUACCCGUAAAUGAUGGUGAACCCGAAUUAGAUAAAUUUGAAGCCAGCUCUAGUGAGGUGGAAAAAAAGUUUGAUGAAGUAAAACAGAGAUGGCUGGACAAAUUUCAUAUUUUUUGAGAAAUUCAUUUUGAAACGAUGCAGCUUUGUAAAUAGGUAGAUCUGAAAAAAUUCCGCGUGUGCGCAUUUCAACAUUCUUCUGGGUAUCCGGGGGUUAUUAAAAAUUUUGUGAGAAUGAGUGCGAUGAAAAAUUCAAGUUCUUACCAAAAAAAAAUAGUUUUAAAUGAUUUGUUUACUUUCUGGGUGAUCAAGAUAUGUACAAUUCCGAAAUGUAUAGUAAAAAUACAACAAAAUUUUGAGUUGAAAAUUCUUUGAAUUCUGCUGUUUACUCCGUUGUAUAAUAUUUGAAGGGCUAAUUGUGAAAGUCGCCUUAGUCAUUUUUUUGUUCACACAACUUUGAACAUUUUUUUUUUCAUAUUUCAUAAAUUUUAAAGGGAAAAAUGAGUAUUGUAAUGCAUUCUGGGAUAUUUGAAGAUGUUUUUUAAAUACUUACUUGACCAUAAAGUUUUUACAUUACCAUUAAAGUAGGACAGCAACGUUUUCAUUGAACGGAUUAAUUUUGAAAAGAGCGGUGUCGCGAAAAUUCCUUCUCUUUGAAGUUUUAGAAGACCAAAAAAAAAAUAAAUGACAAAAUGUUUGAAUUUUUUAGGUAGUUGAUUGAAAACGUAGUCAGAUAAGUAUUUUUUUCAAAUUCUCAAAACAUAAUUUUUGGUUGGUCCCAAACGCAAUUCUUUUAAUGCCAAAGCAAUGUUGUCAAGUUUUGAUUUCUUUUCAUCAAUAAUUUUAACCCAAUAUAUUAAAACACUCGUUUUUAUAUUUUUCAUCUCUUUCUUAUGUCGAUUAAAAUAUUCAUUUUUCAGAUAAUAUUCUCAACGAUUUGAAUUGCAAUUAGGUACUAUUCUCUUUUUCAAAGUUAUAAAUGGAUUAUACUAUGUUUAUGAAGUUAAAUAUGUAUGUACCUAACGAAAUCUUGAGGAUGAGACGAGACUGAAAUAUUCCCAACUUUUCCCCCCAAUUUUCUCAACCUGUUUACCCCAAACCCCCUUUCCAUUUUGUAAGGGUGAAUUGGAAACAAAAGUAGGGGAGAUUGUUGUACCAGGGACCGAUUUUUCGUUUUUUGGGAGUGGACUCCACCCAUUAAUUAUUUUUGAAAAUGUGAAUAGGGUGCAUCAAAGAAUGGUCUUUUACAAAAAAAACGAGAUAUUCACAUUUGUUCAAAACUCAUUCCCCUCCCCUCCAGAAUUUUUUGAAAAAGUCACUUUUUUUUGGUCCAUGGUACAACGGGUCGUGUACCAAGGACCAAAAGGAAAUUUACCCCGGAAAAUGCCUAAAAGUUGGCCGUGAAGGCAUAAAGUUCGCGUAUGGAUCAUAGACAUUCAUUAUACAUAUUUACUUUUUACAAUAAGAUCAUAUAAAAUUUUGCAGAAUUUUUCUUUUUAAAUUUCAUAAGUUUGUCAUGUUGUACCACGGACCAUAGAUUUUUCUUCAAAUUUCCACCAAUUUCAAAUAAAUUUUGAAACGUUUUCAGAUGCUACAAUGUAAAAACUGUGUAAAGGGCAUCCUGGCAUCUGAAAAAGUAUCAAAAUUCGUGAAAAUUAGAUGAAAAAAUUGCGGUCCGUGGUACACGAUAAAAUUUGGUCCCAGGUACAAGACCUCCCAAAAUUUAGAAAAAAAUUUCUACAAAAUUUCACACAAUAUUUUUCCAAAAAGUGAAUAUGUGUACUUACACUUGGAUGGUGUAGCUACACGUUGCACUAAUUGCUUUGACAAAUUUCAAAUAAACAACAGGUCAAAAUGAGUUCACAAAACAUGGCAAAAUGUAACUUUUCGUUUUAAAACCUGAUAAUCGUGUGCAAAAUUUUCAAAUGAAAACUUUAUCGCCUAUAGUUCAUUUUGUGGCAUACCCUAGUGAUGCUUUAAAACGUAGUGGGGUCCGAAUUCCGCAAGUGGCGUUAGUGAGGGAAAGGUCCCUGGUACAACAGGUCCGGGGUACAACAAUCUCCCCUACCUAUUGAAUAAUAUUUCAAAUGUUCAAAAACCAUGGUUUUAUAUGUAGGUACUUACUAACUUGACAAAAAUUUGAAUUGUUCUAUUGCCAGGUAGGAAUUAAAAUCCAAAAUCAAAAAUUCGCAUUUUUUUUUUUUUUUUAGCUUUUUAGCAUUUGGAAAUCAAAUUCAAAACUAAAAAAUCAUUUUUGAAAAUAUUAAACCCAACUACGUAUUUGUAGUUUUUUUUUCAUUCUGCUGCCUGUGUCGAAAUAGGAUCUAAACUGCGAGAUCAAUUUUUUAGACUCAGGCUGCUAACGGAUACCUACUUGAAUAGUUUUCCUUCCUUCUUCCUUCCCAUUUUUGUGUGUUUUUUUUCUUGUUUGUUCUCUUUUUUCCUCGUGUUUGGAUUUUGUUGAUCGGAUGGUUUCUACUCGUAUAUAAGAGAAAAUCUCAAAAGACUAAGUUCUUUGUUUAAUUGUUUUUGUUAUUGUUGUAUGAUUAAUAAUAUUUUUACGUCAGCUGAUACCUACUUGGAAAGAAAUUAUACCAUUUUUCGAUUGAUA